CUUUUUAUCUUUGUCUUUCUUCUCUUCGGUUCCUUAUCUGUUUUGGCCCAAUACUCUCCUAGUUAUGCCUGCGACAUCGAUAAAAAUCCGAGCUUGAAGAACUACGCCUUUUGUAAUAAGUCACUGGAUGUGAAAACGAGGGUCGAUGAUUUGGUGAAGAGGAUGUCAUUGCAAGAAAAGGCAGGAAGCAUAGUGAGUGUAGCCGAUAGCAUCGACCGCCUUGGGAUACCGCAUUAUGGGUGGUGGUCGGAGGCUUUACAUGGCGUUUCUGACACUGGACCUGCGACUUGGUUCAACAAGACUAUAGUCCCUGGAGCCACUAGUUACCCUGUAGUCAUCCUCACUGCAGCCUCAUUCAAUGUAUCUCUAUUCAACAUUCUUGGAAAGGUGGUCUCGAAUGAAGCUAGAGCAAUGUACAACACUGGUGUUGCAGGACUAACAUUUUGGUCACCAAAUGUGAACAUCUUCCGAGAUCCCAGAUGGGGAAGAGGGCAGGAAACCCCAGGAGAAGAUCCACUCUUAUCCAGCAUAUUUGGAGUCGCUUAUGUUAAAGGUCUACAAGACAGAGAUGAUGGCGAUAAAGAUCGUCUCAAGAUCGGAGCUUGCUGUAAACACUACACUGCCUAUGAUCUUGAUAAUUGGACUAGCGUCGAUCGAUUCCAUUUCAAUGCCAUUAUAACAAAGCAAGAUUUGGAGGAUACAUAUAACCCUCCAUUCAAAAGCUGUGUUUUGGAUGGAAAUGUUGCAAGUAUUAUGUGUUCUUUCAACCAAAUUAAUGGCAUACCAACUUGUGGUGAUAAGGAGCUUUUGGAAGACACUGUCCGGGGUGAAUGGAAAUUAAAUGGAUACAUUAGUUCCGAUUGUGAUUCAUUAAUAAUCAUGUUCAAAGACCAACGUUGGGCUAAAACACCCGAGGAAGUUACAGCGGAUGCUUUAAUAGCAGGGUUGGAUCUCAACUGUGGGGAUUCACUAAAGAACUUCACAGAAAAUGCGGUAAAGAGGGGUCUCGUGAAUGAAUCAGUGGUGGAUCGGGCUGUUACGAACAACUUCGCGACACUUAUGAGGCUCGGGUUCUUUGAUGGUCACCCAAGCAAGCAAAUGUAUGGAAAUUUGGGAAAGAAAGAUAUAUGCACCAAGGCUAACCAGGAACUAGCCCGUGAAACAGCUAGACAAGGCAUUGUGUUGCUUAAGAACAAUUUAGGGUCAUUGCCACUCCGUCCAACAAACAUCAAGUCUCUAGCAGUAAUCGGGCCUAAUGCAAAUGCCACAAAAGCCAUGAUUGGCAACUAUGCAGGGAUUCCAUGCAAAUACACAAGUCCUCUACAAGCGUUCUCAGAAUCGGUCCAAACUGUAUUCGAGUCAGGCUGUGAAAAUGUGUUGUGUAACGUUACCUCCUAUUUCGAGAAGGCAAGGAGCAUUGCGGCUGCUGCAGACGCCGUGGUUCUAGUCAUGGGUACAGAUCUUUCCGUAGAAGCCGAGGGUCUAGAUAGGAUGGAUAUAGUUCUUCCUGGACAACAAAACCUUCUUGUUUCCCAAGUCGCAUAUGCAGCUAAAGGACCGGUGAUUCUUGUCAUAAUGUCUGGAGGUGGAAUGGAUGUUAGUUUUGCGAAACGUAACCCUAAGGUCACUAGCAUUUUGUGGGUCGGGUUUCCUGGCCAAGAAGGUGGAGCUGCCAUGGCUGAUGUCAUUUUCGGUCGUUAUAAUCCAGGUGGAAGACUACCCAUGACAUGGUAUCCACGAUCCUAUUUGAUGUCAGUUCCUAUGGACAACAUGAACAUGAGACCAGACCCAUCCACAGGCCACCCAGGUCGAAGCUAUCGGUUCUAUAGAGGCGAAACUGUUUACCCUUUCGGGUACGGACUCAGUUACUCAUUGUACGUCCAUCGUCUCAUUAAAGCACCCAAGACUGUUUCAAUCCCACUGAACAACUCGUCAUCUACCAUCGACUCGAUUGAUGCAACGGACGAUGUUUGCAAUGGCUUAACAUUCGAUGUUAAUAUGAUGGUAACGAAUAUAGGAAAGAUGUCUGGAAGCCACAGCAUCUUGUUGUUCUCUAACCCUCCUCCUGUGAUCCAUAAUUCACCUACCAAGCAGUUGGUGGAUUUCAAGAGGAUCAAGUUGAGUCCAUGGGAGCGAACUUCAGUUAGCUUCAAGAUCGAUGUUUGCAAGCAAUUGAGUGUGGUUGAUGAAGAUGGUAAAUGGAAGGUUCCAUUAGGGAAACAUGGUCUUCAAAUUGGAGACGUCGAACACUCCGUAAGCCUCAAGAUUUGA